UUACUUUUUUCUUCACGUUCUUCACUGCUUGGUUUUCUUUCUUCAUCUUCACUUUCAAGUUGCAGAAAUGAACGGUGGUGCCAUUGAUUUUAUCGAAGAAAACGGAGACGGAAGCGACUCGGACGUCAAUUCCGAUGACGCGCCGGAAUACUACCAGCCGAUCUCUGCCUUGGACGACGACGAGAGCUCCGACGGCGGGGAAUUCAGGCAGUUGCCGAACGGAUUCUUCGUGCACGGCGUGACGGAGAAUGGGAUCUCAUCUCUGGAUCUGAACGAUGUCGUAGAGAAGAGCAGCAGCGACGAAGAGAACGAAGAGGAGAGCAGCACAGAGGAGGUCGAUAGGGCGGUGAUGGAGGAUGAGAACCGCCGGAACGCGCCGCUCACGGAGGAGAACGCGACGAGAGUGAUGGAGGCGAUGCGCGGAGUGUCCUUCGCCGGAGUGGUUCCGGAUUGGGCGGCUCGAGAUCCCGAUGAUCGCUGGAUUGAUCAGCUUCGCAGAUUGAGACGAUCGCCGAACACUUGAAUGAAAUAAGAUACUCAGAUUCGCGCCAUUUUCAUUUCAUUGUUCAGAAUUUGUCAUAAUUUUGUUUUUGUUACUCGUUGUUCUUGUCACACAUCCUAAAUGUGUUUUUGAAUGAAGAUUUAGCAUAAUUGCUUUCGAAAUAAUUGAUUCUGUUUGAAAAUUUUGAUCUUAACAA